CUUUGCAAAGAUUGGUUUCUCAAGAAUGGUCGGCGGACCACAGGCAGUAUGACAUGCAUCUAUAAAUGCUCCUAUUCUAACAGCCAGUCUGUCUCAUUGUAUUUCAAGCGUUCAUUCUGGUUCUUAUGGCGUGGUCAUUUUUCAGGGUACUACUCACACCUGCCGGCUACCUUCCCAACGCCUCAGAUCGAGCGCGUGCCGCUGGUGUGGACCCCGAGCGUCACGGCGAACAAGGUAGCGCACCCAACGAAGAUGACAAGGUGUACGGCAAAAGACCGACAGCCAAGGAGGUGAGAGCUUUCUUGCAAACACAACCACUUGCAAGUCAACCGACGUGGAUCGCACGAAAUGACGCGACGGACGGUACCCGAUACUGUGGGAUUUGCGAGGUCACCAAAUAUGACCGCGUCCACCACUGCUCAGAGGUCAAUCGGUGCGUCAAGAAGUUUGAUCAUUUUUGUCCCUGGGUCGGUGGCGCAUUGGGCCACACCCGAUACAAGUUCUUCUUUCAAUUCGUCACGUAUGUGGCCAUCUACAGCGUUCUCUUGGUGGUCACGUUUGCUGUGGCUGUUGGUCAACGCAAAGCAGCGAUACGGCGGAAUGAUGGCACGUCUAUACCGCAUAAUGUUGGUCUGUGGUACUCCUGCAUAGCACUUGGCGGACUCUUUGCAUUGAUGAUGAUUCCAUUCUCGUUCUUCCACGGCCGGCAGAUUCUCCUCAACCUCACGACUCUGGAGAGCAUUGCUGCACAUGACAUUACCGUCAUCCACCAAACAGAGCGAACAACUCCCUCUGGCGAAAAAGUACCCAUCAAGGAGCGCGUCACGCUUUCAAGUGGCGUCAAUCCAUUUGACUUGGGGCUAUGGCGAAAUUGGCAGCAAGUUAUGGGUGAGUUCAAGGCGGACAGAUGGGUCGUCUUGCGUGUUCUCAAUUGGAUUUUGCCAAUCCAACAAAGUCCCGGCGAUGGUCUUCUAUAUCCCUGGAAUCCUGCGGUGCUCGAGGAACUCGCUCGCCGGGAUACGCAGCUGAGCGUGACGCUCUUGUCGGAAAGCACGCAGACGGCAAUGGACAAUGAAGAAGCCACACGAGCUCAGGAGAAGCUGGCUGCUGCAUCACCGCAGACCUGAGAUGGCCCUGACAUUGUAAAACUGGGUUCUCGGCAUUCACAUAGCAUACAGCGAGCACAUACCUCAGUGCACUUCUAAUUGUU